AUAGCGACACGCAUCAACUGCGUCAACUGCAGAGCAGCACAGCAUCAGAGCACGCGACAACACGUCAGCCUCACCUCAGAAGUGGAAAACAUCGCUCUGGAAUAACUAGUCAUGGGAAACGUGCAGCCCACCAUCGUCCCAUACGAGGACUUUGACGUCACAGCUGAUAUCAAGGCUCUCAGAAAAGCCUGCAAAGGUUUAGGCACAGACGAGGAGGCCAUUAUACAAAUUCUGGCUAAUCGCUCUGCAGCUCAGCGCGUGGAGAUCAAACAGGCCUACUUUGAAAAGUAUGACGAUGAGUUGGAGGAGGUGCUGAAGAAGGAGCUGACGGGGAGUUUCGAGAACGCCAUCAUCGCCAUGCUGGACCCUCCUCACAUUUAUUUCGCCAAGGAGCUGAGGAAGGCCAUGAAGGGGGCGGGGACAGAUGAAGCUGUGCUGGUGGAGAUCCUGUGCACAUCCAAUAAUGAGGACAUAAAUUGCUUCAAGGAUUCAUAUGCUCAUGUGCAUGAGCGAGACCUGGAGGCAGACAUUGAGGAUGAUACCAGUGGAGAUGUGAGGAACCUGUUGACCUCACUGCUGCAGGCAAGCAGGGACGACGGUUAUGAGGUGGACGAGGAUUUAGCCGAACAGGAUGCCGCGUCUUUGUUUGAGGCAGGAGAGGGAAGGUUUGGCACGGAUGAGUCCACCUUUACCUACAUCCUGACACACAGGAACUACAUGCAACUUCAGGCCACCUUCAAGGUCUAUGAGUCUCUUUCGGGGACAGACAUUUUGGACACCAUUGAUGCUGAGGCCACGGGAACCCUGAAGGACUGCUACAUUACUCUGGUUAGAUGUGCCAAGAACCCACAGCUGUACUUUGCUCGACGCCUUAACGCUGCCAUGAAGGGACUGGGCACCGACGAGGACACCCUCAUUCGCAUUAUUGUUGGCCGCUCUGAGAUUGACCUGGAGACAGUUAAGGACAUGUACAUGGAGAAGUAUGAUGUCACUCUGAAGGAUGCCCUAGAUUCAGAGUGUGGUGGAGACUUCAAACGCCUCCUCAUGGAGAUCCUGCACUAAACCCUCCUCACUCUUCCUCCUGCUGGCCUUAUUUAACCUUAGUGUCUACUCCUCGUUCCUUCCGUAUUCAUAUUUACUAAACCUCUUCUCCAUCAUCUCCAUUUCGUCUGUCUUUACUCUUAGAGACAGACGUUUGUCUUUGCAGCACGGACCAAAAAAACAACACGUUAUUUAUGGUUUGACACAGUUUAGCCAGGAACAUUACAAUCAUCGUCCACUAAAUAAAAAAGUGCAUUGAAUAUGUCAUAUCUAUGAACUAUACUAUGGCAGCGUUGUGGAACAUGCUGAGCAUCACACAGUUGUAUGUAAUCAAAUAGAGGUCAUUUAUUCUCUGUAUCUCCUCACCAUUUAUUUGAAGCUUAGGCCAAAGCUGUAAACCUUAAGAGACUGAUGCUGCUCACCAUAAAAUCUGCAGUCUCUUACUUUUAUAUUUCUGACUCUUUUUUUUUUCUAUCUCUGUCUUCUAUCAUUUUCACCUCAAAGAUGACCCUCACAAGAUUAUUUUCAUUCUGCUGCAACACUCACCACUUAAGUGCCGAUUGUUAUCACAUUUAAUAUCUGAAAUACACAAGACAAUAACACGUAGUGAUAUUAUUACCAGAGAAUCAAAAGCAUGGAUGCUUUAAGUAUGAGUUUUUGUAGUCACAUCCCCGAUGGCAUUGUGGGGUUUUAACUGUUUGUAAACUUGUUUUUUAAUCACAGCUCACAAAGCUGCCUUAUUAUCACAUUUCUUCACAUUAUUACACAGUUGCCUUUUAACCUGUCAUCUAUCCGUCAUUUAAUCAACUACUCACUCUUGUUAUUCAUCAGUGUAUCGUUAAUCGGUGUAUAUUUGUGAUUGUUGAAUGAAAAUGAUAAUAUUGUAACCCAUUGAGUAUAAUCACUUGGAUUGAUCACACUGUCUAAAUUAUUCAUGUAUGAAACGGUAUAUUAAUUAAUGUUAUUUAAAACUAAGAAUCAUAGUAAUAUACAUAUUUCGAUUGGUGUGUUAUCACAUAACAGAUUAAUUCAUGAACCUAUAUGAAAGACACAUUUGUUAACCCAUGUCGGCAUAAAAUAGUAUUAAUAAAUUGUAGCUUCAUCAAAA